GUGUUAGUGUAUGAGAGAGGAUCCUCCGCGCCUCCAGACAAAGCUCAGCUAACAGGCUAACGGCUCUUUAGCUACACAAACACCCACAGAACCGGUUCCGACCGCAGGUCUGUACCGGCUGUCGGUAACGGCGGUACUUCCUCGUCGACCCACCAUCCUCUCGAGCUUGCACACCACCACGGCUGAUAUAUAUAUACAUAUAUAUAUAUAUAUUAUUUUAACGUGAUCUAGUAUUUGGUUGUGCGAUGGGAGUUUGCUUCCUCGGGGGAAACAUCGAGCAGAAGAAUCGACACCACCAACGUCACCUGGACUGAACACACACUAAGACACCUGUGUGCCCCCCCCCCCCACACACACACACACACACACACACACACACACACCCCUCAGGCCGCAGAGGGAGUUGUUUUUUCACCUUCAGGUCAAACACUGCCGUCCCACAGUGCAUUGCUGCGUCACCGUCGUCCACCAUGUCGGACGCCCCUGAGGCUGCGCCUCCCAGCCCCCCCACCGUUACCAACCCACAGCCCCCCGAGGUCACCAACCCCACCAAGCCCGGCAGAAAGACCAACCAGCUGCAGUACAUGCAGAAUGUGGUGGUGAAGACGCUGUGGAAGCAUCAGUUCGCCUGGCCAUUCUACCAACCGGUUGAUGCCAUCAAACUCUGCCUGGCAGACUAUCACAAGGUGAUCAAGAACCCGAUGGACAUGGGAACCAUCAAGAAACGACUGGAGAACAACUACUACUGGAGUGCCAGUGAAGCCAUGCAGGACUUCAACACCAUGUUUACCAACUGCUACAUCUACAACAAGCCCACAGACGACAUCGUCCUCAUGGCUCAGGCUCUGGAGAAAAUCUUCCUGCAGAAAGUCGCUCAAAUGCCUCAAGAGGAAGUCGCUCUGCUGCCCCCAGCCCCCAAAGGCAAGAGCAAGAGCAAACAGCCCGCCACCGCUACUACAGUGAGUCAGCAGGCGGAGUCCUCUGCCUCCCCUCCCCCCUCAUACCCGUCUCCCUCCCCCUCUCUGACACCUGUCAUCUCAGCAACGCCCACACCUGUCCAGACCACGCCCCCUGUCUCCGCCCCACAGCCCCCGGCAACCAUGAUGCCCUCUGCACAGCCCGUUGUCAAGAAGAAAGGCGUGAAGAGGAAAGCCGACACCACCACCCCCACCACGUCGGCCAUCUCUGCAGGUCGUGCUGACUCUCCGUCCGCGCAGGACACCAAACCGCCCAAGCUGGGCCUGUCCCGUCGCGAGGCCGCCGCCCGGCCCGCCAAAACCCGCAGGGAGACGGUAGAGGAGGUGGCGGGAGGCGAGGUGGGCGCUGUCGGUGGGGGGGCUGGACGGAGUAAGGGCGGGAAGCUGGGCGAGCAAAUGAAACACUGCGACGCCAUCCUGAAGGAAAUGCUCUCUAAGAAACACGCCGCCUACGCCUGGCCCUUCUACAAGCCGGUGGACGCAGAGGCGCUGGAGCUGCACGACUACCACGACAUCAUCAAACACCCCAUGGACCUCAGCACCGUCCGGAAAAAGAUGGAUAAAACAGAGUACAGUGAUCCUCAAAGUUUUGCGACGGACGUCAGGUUAAUGUUCUCCAACUGUUACAAAUACAACCCCCCGGACCACGAGGUGGUAGCCAUGGCCCGUAAGCUGCAGGACGUGUUCGAGAUGCGCUUCGCUAAGAUCCCAGAUGAGGGCCUGGACGCAUCGGUCCCCUCUACAACACCAUUGGUCAGUAAAAGCACCGCCUCUUCUGACAGCAGCAACAACUCCUCCUCCGACGAAUCGUCCGACUCAGAGGAGGAGCGAGCCACGCGAUUGGCUGAGCUACAGGAGCAGGUUGGUGCUGCCGACCAAUCACAGUUGAAGGCGGUGCACGAGCAGCUGGCGGUGUUGUCCCAGGCUCCAGUCAGCAAGCCAAAAAAGAAGAAAGAGAAGAAAGACAAGGACAAGAAGAAAGACAAAGGGAACAAGGGCAAGCUGGAAGAAGAGAAGAAGCCCAAGGCUGCCACUCAACAGCCAAAGCCAGCCAAUCAGAAGAAGGCUCCAGCCAGGAAAGCCAACAGCACGGUGACUGCCACAAGGCAACCGAAGAAAGGCAGUAAGGCAUCGGGCGGGGGGUCAGCGAAUGGAGACGACGGCGAGGAGUCGUCCCUGCCGAUGUCGUAUGACGAGAAGCGCCAGCUGAGUCUGGAUAUAAACCGGCUGCCGGGGGAGAAGCUGGGCCGCGUCGUCCACAUCAUCCAGUCCAGAGAGCCGUCGCUGAGGGACUCCAACCCCGACGAGAUCGAGAUCGACUUCGAAACCCUCAAACCCUCCACCCUCCGAGAGCUGGAGCGCUACGUCAAAUCCUGCCUUCAGAAGAAGCAGAGGAAGCUACUGCAGAAAGCAGCUGGAGGCGGGGCUUCGGGAGGCGGAGCUAGUCGUUUGAGUGGCAGCUCUUCUUCUUCCUCUGAUGACAGCUCCUCAACAGGAACCUCCUCUUCCUCCGACACAGACUGAAUACUCACACACACAUACACACACACACACAGAGGUUUAUCCACUGUACACAGGUAAAAAACACACACACCAAUCCUGAUCAAAGACAGAGAUACACACUCUGAACUUCUCAAAACACACAUCCAUAUAUAAAACACACAUACACACACACGCCCAGACUUGGAGACUGUAUGUAAAUAGGCUGACCUGUUUUUUAGCUCCUAGUGUCGUUUAUUUUUUCCUGAAAGAAUGCUGACAGAUAGAAGAAGAAGAAAGCAACACCCUCCCAGCGAGAGGGGGACAGGCAGCCUGUCUGUCUGCCUGUCGGGUUGAGUUUCGAUGCUUUCAGAGGCUUUCUUCUUUUUCUUGGACGCCCGCUGUGACCCCGACCUCUGAAAACAUUCCAGAAGCAUCUAGAGAGCAUCAUGAGAGAUGAGGCGGAGGAGAUCUCCGUCUGGUUUUACUCGCAUCAAGGUUUCAUUUUGAUCGCCUGCAUGAGAUACCUGGGUGUACAAGGUGGAGGAAACGCCUGCGAGACGAAGCUGUGGGCGUCACAUGACACAGUUACUGUCCCCUGACCCUUCCUAGAUACGAGCUGCAGAGCACAGAUCCACUACAUGCUUCCUCCAGUUUGAAGCCAUGGUCACCAGUACUCCAUGGUUCUGGUGACUAAAGGUUCUGGUUUGGUGAAUUCAGAGCGUUUGACAGAAGUCCUGGACUGACGUUAUAACUCAGCGAUGGCUUUCUGGUUUCCCACGUUACCCAAACGCCUCUCCUGACGUUGAGCAGAAGCAUCAUCUCUAAAACCCAGGAGAGAAAAUGCACUUCAGAUGUUUCCAGCGUGGCUGUCAUCUUCAGCAGAUGGAAGGCGGUGUGAGCGACGGAGGCCUCGAAUGCAUCAUUGGAUAUGUGAAGCGAGAAUGAGGCGUUCAAUGUUAACCCUGUUUAAACUGCAGAGAGAAAUGUUGUUAGUGUGAAGAACAUCCACGUUUUCUGAGCGGCCCUGAUUCCAGAGGUGCAUGAAUGCACCACCAUCAGGAUCUUCUCUCUGCAAAGACUUCCUGUACAGAAAGGAAACCCUGUGAGGUUCAGAGGGAUCGCAUCAUCGUUUCUCAAAUCUUGUGAAACCCCUUAGCUCCUGCAUCAUCGGGGGGGGGGGCACCGGCUCUGUCGGCAGGACAAAGUUCCUGUUCUUAUUUUAACACUACAUUUCCUUCAGCUGGUUCAGGGUCUGAGUUCUCUAUAUGAAAUGUCUUUGUACCGCUGGCCCCCCCCCCCCCCCCCCCCCCCCCCCCCCAUCCUCUGUCAGACUGAACCAAAUGUAUGAGUCCUGGUCAGACGUCAGUUGUACGUCUUUUAAAGUUUAUUAUUUUAGCUGAUUUAAACUAAAUUAGAAAAAGAAAUGAAAGGUUUCUCAUUGUACAAAAUAAACCCAUCGUUGUCUUUUACAAACUGAGAGAAAAACAGCUGUUUAUUUUUUUAUUCUCCGUUAUUUUUAUGAUUAUUUACUCUUUAAAAUGUCCAAAAUAAAGAGGCUCUCCCGGGACGAGACAGGCACCACUUUCUUCUCCUUCGGAUUUUAUUCAACAAUCUAAAAAUCAAUGUUUUUAUAAACCUUUAUUUUGUGUUUCUGUGAAAAAGCUUCCUACGUUAGGGACCCCCCCUCUUUUACCACAGAUUCUCCCCUCAACAGUUUGAACAUCUGGAAACAUUGGAAAUCACUUUAACAGAAAAUCAUUCCAAACUCAAUUCUGAAGUUUCCCUCAACGUUUGUAACUUUAAAAUUUAGUAGAAAUUCUGUAAAGUCUAAAAGGUUUGAAAUGUGUCAGAGAUAUAGAGCGUUAACGAAAGGUCUGAUGGACCCUCCUCUCGUUAACGCAGGACCAUCCUCCGCUCUGAUUGGUCAGCUCUUUAUCAUGUGACCUGAAACUUCAGAGGAACAUUUUCCUCUUGAAACGGAUUUCAAUUAUUACAAUAGGAUUUGAACGCACCACAGUCAGACGGGAUUUGUUUGGGGGGGGGUGCUGUUUUCUCAGAUGGAAUCAUGUGUUCUGCUGGCCUGUCUGGAGCUCUAGUUUGGUGCAGCCCUCCUCUCUGAUUGGUCAAGUGUGAAAGCUUCCGAUUGGUGCUGGUUUGUUGAAUCCAGGGUAAAUAUCUUUUCAGAAAUGUGUAAUCAGAUAAAUGAUUUCCUCUUCUCUUUCAACUCUGUCCUCCGUCAGCCGACGCUCAGAUUCCUGUGUCUCUGGACAUUGAACACAUCACUCGGAGGACCUGGGAUCCCAUAAUAAACAGCAUUAAUGUAAUCCCAUCAUCAGCCCUUCAUCAUGGGGGGUGUAUCUGUCUCUGAACUCGGGGAGGGGGAGGAUUGCCACAGUAACCCUCCUCAGUUUUUAGUUAUGCUAAUAGUUCAUUUUUGUAUUUUAAUAAGAGGAAGUGAUUUUCUGUAUCUGCAUGCACUCCGUGUGUUGGAGCACUGUCUGUAGCUGUAGAGCGGGGGCCACAAAUCCCUGUACUCACACCUCUCUUUCUGAGCUCCUUUGUUUUCAUAAAUAAACUCAUAAACUGAC